UUAGUCUUCAGUGAACCGUUGUCGGAAAAAAGUUGCGAGAAUCUUCGGUCUUCAUAUAUUCGAAAAUUCCGAUUUCAAAACAUAACGUUUAGCGAAAUUGGUUGGAAACGUGUUGAUUCGAAGUGACAAGUUUAAGGUUUGCGCGACUAACGAUUACAAAUCGAAUCUAUUUCACGAAUGGUCCAGUCCAACACUAUGCAUCUGAUUGUGUAUUCGGUCUACUUCCUAAUUGUGUUCAGUGGCAUUUGCACUACUGGCUAAGCGAUAAUAUCAUAGCAUCGGGCACUCAAGACCAUAACAAGCGAAGUCACUUCAAGCAUAUAUUUUUGAUAUAAUCCGUCAGUGAGAUACAAAAAUAAAAAUUAAAAAAAAAAAACCAACAUAAAAGUUGAUCACGCCGAUAGUGAAGACGAGGUGAACAAAAAUCCCAAAUUAAGAACAACAGAGAAUUUUUGGAAUCGAAAAAUGGCUUUAGACUUCUUGGCUGGAUGCAUUGGAGGUUGUGCCGGUGUACUGGUGGGACAUCCUUUAGAUACGGUCAAAGUUCAUUUACAAACCCAAGAUCCUAGAAAUCCCAAAUACAAAGGAACAUGGCACUGUAUGCGCACCAUUGUGGCACAGGAUAAAUUGAGCGGCUUAUAUCGGGGCAUUACAAGUCCAAUGGGCGGCAUUGGAUUUGUCAAUGCCAUUGUGUUUGGCAUCUACGGCAAUGUUCAGCGUUCCAGGUCGGACCCCGACUCCUUGACGUCACAUGCCUUAGCCGGGGGAGUUGCUGGACUAUUCCAAAGUAUUGUUUGCUCGCCCAUGGAGCUGGCCAAGACAAGACUGCAGUUACAAAACGAUUCGACGCCGGGCAAAAAGUUUAAGGGACCGUUGGAGUAUCUUAGGCACAUAGUCAAGUACGAAGGUCUGCGUGGAACGAUGAGAGGUCUCAUGUUCACAGCGGCCCGAGACAUUCCAGGGUUUGCCAGUUAUUUCGUGAGCUACGAAUACAUGAUGCGUCAGCCCACCCAACCAAAUGUCAUCUACGGUCUUUGUGCUGGUGGCCUGGCCGGCAUAUGUUCCUGGUUGGCCACCUAUCCCAUAGAUGUCAUCAAAACCUGCAUCCAGGCGGACGAUAUGAGGAAUCCCAAAUACAAUGGAUACAUGGACUGCAUCCGAAAGGGCUACAGCAGCGACGGUGUGCGUUUCUUCUUUCGCGGCAUGACAUCGACUCUGAUACGCUCGUUUCCCAUGAACGCUGCCUGCUUCUUCGUUGUCUCGUGGAUCAUGAGCUGGACCAAGAAGCAAGACGUCGACGUUGUGGUCCAUACUGGCGAUACAAUGGCCCUGGUUGGUGUGGCCGCCAGUGCACCGAUGUGUCACGUCCACCACAUCGAUCACCACGACGAGCAGCUGCGCGAGCAAAGGUCACUCAUCGCCAAGAGUCUGCGCUCGUUCGGUGCAUUUAACGAGGCUGUGUGUCACACAGAAGUGGAAGAGAUGGUCACGGAAUUUUAUCCGGACAAAGAGAAGUACUACAUUUUCGAAGACGAACGACUGUUAAUUGGCCCCACAGACAGUCCAAUCCAUUGUUAAGUAGGCUUAGAAGCAAAGCACAACCAAAGUUACUAUUUAGUUAGCGCUUAAGUUAGUUUUUAAUUAGGAAUAUUGCUCAAGGGCAAAUAAAACAAUGAAAACAUA